ACUUGUUGCAACUUUCAUUGUUUUCAUGCAGUCUUCCGCUGUCGCACGCACAGUGGACUGUUGCGUUAAACAGACAUUUGUGUUGCUGCUAAGAUGGACCGAAUGGACUUCCUCUUUCUGUUCCACACCCUCGACGAGUUUAUUACUGCUACGUGCCUCACAUAAUUGUCAGUGUCUGCUGACUGUAUGGCGUAGGGGAGUUUCAUGGUAAUAAGUAUGUUGUUAAGUAAUGAAAAGUGAGCUUAUUGUACUUUAUGUUGUCAGUUAUCUCACUAAUAAUAUAGUUAUAAUAACAUGUAAACAGUAGUUAAGUUUUAAAGUCCCUAUGUAUAGAAUCACCAUGGCUCCAUAGGUCUUUGUGUUUAAAAGGACAGAGUGAGGCCAGCAUUAAGAAUCACUCCAUGAUUUGUACAUGUCCCCCCACGUGAUACAAAACUCUGUUUCUCUUUGAUCAACAUUUGUUGAUGUGUCGUUUUUCCACUCUGUGCACUCUCAUUGGUCCAGACGUGCUGACCAUCUGUUGGCUGCUGAGUUUUAGCAGGAACAUCUGUGGGAGUGGACUGUGUAAAUGUAGGUGCACCCUGCACAUCACUGCUUCCGUGAUAAUGUAAAGACAAGGUGACAAGAGUGCAGAGUUAGGGGCGUUACAUCGGGAGUUCAUAUGUUGGCAUUGGAAAACUAAUGUUAUUAAGGGAGUACCUGUGGUUCUCAGAAUAGUGACUCAAUAAUUCACAAAAAGCUGGACAGCCCUGCAGCAAAUUAACUCUGGGGAUAUUAUGUUUAAUGUUUGUUCAGCUGUCAGAAGGGUGUUGAUCAAGAUAUGACAUAAGCAAAAAGAUGCACUUUAUUGGUGUCAAGCAAGGAGCGCAUAAAAACAGAUGCAUGGUAGAUUAGAGAAGUAAACUCAAACUUUAAUUUACUAUAUAUUUAUUAGCAUUAAUAGCAUUUGUCUUUCAUUCCCUGAAAUUUGACAUGUGAUGGUAGGAAAAUCACAGAUGUAUAAAAUUAAUGAUGGCUGAAUUCUAUUUAGAUGCUUCAGUUUUAGGGUCCUGGUAUGUGCAUGCUGGCUCACUGUCAUGUUUACUGAAACACUUAAAGGGAUAGUAAGUGAUUGUAAUCCAAUACACUUUUUUGGUAAAUUCAGUGAAUAUUUGCUCACGGUUUUCUAGCUCUCCGUUUUGUGUGUGCUCUGAAAUUUUUUUUUUGUUUUUCCUUACAUGGCUGUGUAAAUGGAAAACAAAGUAAUUGGUGUGGAACCUGCAACACAACAUUGUUCCAGCCAAUCACCAAUAGGUGUCGUUAGUGCUUGUGCACAGCAGUGAUGUGGGGAAGAUGACAGAGGGAGAGAGAGUUCUAUACACUGGCACAUUCUAACGUGCUGGACUCCAGGCACUGUGAAGAAGGAGAGAUGUCCGAGAGACAGCCAAAGAGGAAAAGACAAUGCAUCAGAUCCAGGUGUGUCUGCUAAACAGAUCUGGAUAGAUGUAGUUGAAGAAGCUGGUCACCUUUGUCUAACUUUCACUGAUAAUGGCAGCGGCAUGACCCCCAGCAAACUGCACAAGAUGCUCAGCUUUGGAUUUACAGAAAAGGGUUCAGGUAAGGGCAGUCAGCAGGCCAUUGGCGUGUACGGGAACGGUUUCAAGUCUGGCUCCAUGCGCCUGGGCCGCGAUGCGCUCAUCUUCACCAAGAAUGGCGGCUGCCAGACUGUGGGAAUGCUGUCUCAGACCUACCUGGAAAACAUCAAGGCCCAGGCUGUCAUUGUCCCCAUUGUCCCCUUCAACCAACAAACCAAGUCUCUGGUGGUGACUGAGGACUCGGAGGCCAGUCUGGCAGCCAUCCUCCAGCACUCCAUCAUCACUUCCCAGGAGCAGAUACAUGCACACUUUGACUCCAUUCUCUCCAAAAAAGGCACCAAGAUAUUAAUCUGGAACAUCCGCAGGGCCAAAGAUGGCAAGCCAGAGAUCGACUUUGAGACAGAUGUGAGUGACUUCCGUUUGCCCGAUAUUCAGAUCGAGGAGCUCAAGAAGGGUCUGAGGAACAGUGGGUCUCUGAGAGCCGAACAGAACAUCCCAGACAUGCACUACAGUCUCAGGGCCUACCUCAGUAUCUUGUAUCUGAAGCCAAGGACACAGAUUAUACUGAGGGGCAAGAAGAAUCUGGCGAAGCUGGUGUCGAAGAGGCUGACCCACAUUGAGCAUGAUGUGUACAAACCCCACUUCAGUAAAGAGAAGGUAAAGGUGACUUUUGGGCUGAACCCGAAAAACAAGGACCACUACGGCAUCAUGAUGUACCACAAGAACCGACUCAUUAAAGCCUACGAGAAAGUGGGCUGCCAGCUGAAGACUUCAGGUCAAAGGGCGGGAGUCGGGGUCAUCGGUAUCAUUGAGUGUAACUUUCUCAAACCAGCUCACAACAAGCAAGACUUUGAAUACACCAAAGAAUACAGACUCACCCUUGGUGCAUUGGGCCUAAAACUCAACGACUACUGGAAAGAGGUGACAGAGAAGAAGGCAAGAGAGCGAGAGUUUCAGGCUCUAGAGAGAGAUGAAAAUGAAGGCGAGCAUGACCAUGCCGAGGCACCCAUGUGGUUACAGUGUGAAGAGUGCCUGAAGUGGCGAAGCGUCUCUGCAAAUCAUUAUAAACUGGUUCCUGAAAGCUGGACCUGCAGCCAGAACCCCAAUCCACGUUACAAAAGCUGUUUGACACCAGAGGAAGCAGAAGAAAGUGAGGAGCUGUUAGCACCGAGCUACCAGAAAACCCACAAGAAGCAGGAGCAUCCCAAAACCAGAAAACGAGAAAAAUCAAUGGAGGUGUGUGUGGUCCAGCAGCAAAAACAUCAAAUCCUCUCACGCAGUUCAUCAGAGCCGAGCCAGCCCACACACACACCUGAGCUCAUAAGAACAGCAGAUCGAAGACACACAGUGGAAAACACACUAGACCAAGAUGAGACAAACACAGAUCACCUGGCAGAUGAUUGUACAGACCCACACGCACAUGAUGAUGCACAGACAGAUGAAGUCACACACACACAGCACAAGCACAUUGGAAGAGACUCAGUCAUUAAAGACAACGCAGGAGUCACAGAAGAGCAGGCACAUGUGGAAAAUGAGACAAACAAUCAAAGGCUUGACGAUGAAGAGAGAGACAAAAGGAAGGACACCAACAUGGAGCCGUUGGAAAGAGAGGAGGGGAAGACAGACACAUUAAGCCACAAAAGGAAAUCAGGAUCAUUGUUAUACCGUGUGAAAAAGAAGCCAUGCCUUUGGGGGGAGCCACAACCGGACUCAGAAAACAUGGCAGAAGAGAUGAAUCCUGAGAAACCCAAUACACUGUCUUUGAGGAAGUCCAAGCAGGACAGCAGCAGCCGAGGAGAGAAACCAGGUGACGCGGUACAGCGAACCCCGGCCAGCCUCACUUGGACCCACUCGCUCCCCUCCACCCAGACUGUGAUGGUGUCUCCACUGAGUCGAACAGAAGGGCCGUGGAGCAGACCGCUGCCUCCGGAAGGGAGUGACCGGGAGGCUAACGCGCAGAAGCUGACUGGGUUGGAGAAAGAGACCCAGAGGCUGCGGAGGCUUCUAGGUCUGGAAAUCACAAAGACAACUCAAGGCACGAUGACAACUGCUGAUAGCAGCGCUGAAAAGCCAGAAGGAACCAGCAGGGAGGUCGGCUGCCAGACGGACGUGGCUGAGAGCUCCUCUUCUUCCAGCAGCCGGGCCCAGACUCCAGGAGCUCAGAGUCAGAGAGCUGUAUGUGGGCAGAAGGAGCUGCCUGACCCAAACAGACCCAGGAAGGAGAAGACGGAAACUCAGAGCAGGACGAGAGUCAGUGAAAGUGAGGCCUGUGAAGACGGCAGAUCGGCACAGGAGAAUCUGCGUGGCAUCCGUAACAACGUGGUGGUGCUUCUCACGGCUCUGCUGCCCCAACUGGACCUGGCUGGCAUCAGUCUGGAGACCACAGACGUCGACAAUAUCCUGCAGCAGAUCGUAGAGGUCAACUCACUGAAACUAUGAUCAGUACUGUUUGCUUAUUAUUAUGCCAAAUGCUAAAUAUACAGCAUAUGGUAAUAAUUAUAUUCUAGUGGUCACUUGGAAAGUAAUGUCAUUUUCACUUUAUUCUUCAUUACUGGAGGUGCUUGUGGAUGAACUCCAUAAUAUAAUGUUUUUAUAUUCUUACGUUCAUCGGUUUGACGUCUUAAUAGAAACAACAAUCUGCAGCUGGUUUUAGUCACUCAGAGAGAAUAUUUUAACUUAAUCUAGAGGAAGAAAAACUAUGUUUGAAAAUGUUUUAUCCAAUUCAGAGUUGUAAUACCCAGCGUUCAUUGGCUACACACACUUUUUUUUGUCACAUCAUUUUCAAACUUUGUUGUGAGCCGGCCAGCCCCAUUUCUGUACAAAAAUUAGCUUUUUAAUUUUAACCAAGCUCUUCAUUUGAAAAAAGUGCUAUGCGCUGCUGUUAUUUGCUUGGCUUAAGUUUUUAUUGACUAUUUAAACCAGUUUUUAUACAUGCGUGGCAUUAGAGUGUCAUGAAGGAAUGCUUGUUUCUAGAUUUGUUCACAUAUCCUUUAUAAACGUUUGCAUUAAAAUACUGAAACAUUU